AACCUUGAAAUUACCCACGCAAAGGCAAAAGAUUUUCUUGGGAAGAAAGAAAUUGAAGAGUUGAGAGAAGUACAAAGCUCGGUCGUCUUCUUCAUAAGCUCCACUUUUCCAUUUCCUGCUCCACAGAUUACCGAUUGAAAGUCGCUCUCGAUUAGGGCAAAGAACCAGAAACAAUGAGCAGCAUAGGCACUGGUUACGAUCUCUCCGUCACCACAUUCUCCCCCGAUGGCCGUGUUUUCCAGAUCGAGUACGCCGCAAAGGCCGUCGACAACAGUGGGACUGUUAUUGGAAUCAAAUGCGAAGAUGGAGUCGUUAUGGGCGUGGAAAAGCUAAUUACCUCGAAGAUGAUGCUUCCUGGUUCUAAUAGAAGAAUUCACGCCGUUCAUCGUCAUUCUGGCAUGGCUGUGGCAGGAUUAGCAGCAGAUGGAAGGCAAAUAGUUGCUCGAGCAAAGUCUGAAGCAACCAACUAUGAAAGUGUUUAUGGUGAACCAAUCCCUGUAAAGGAACUAGCUGAUCGUGUUGCCAGUUAUGUGCAUCUCUGUACACUCUACUGGUGGCUCAGACCUUUUGGAUGUGGCGUUAUUCUUGGGGGUUAUGAUAGAGAUGGACCACAAUUGUACAUGGUUGAACCAUCCGGUGUUUCUUAUAGGUACUAUGGCGCUGCAAUUGGAAAGGGCAGGCAGGCUGCAAAAACGGAAAUUGAAAAGUUGAAGCUCUCUGAAAUGACAUGUCGGCAAGGGGUCAUUGAAGUAGCCAAGAUUAUUUAUGGAGUACAUGAUGAGGCAAAGGACAAGGACUUCGAGUUGGAAAUGAGUUGGAUCUGUGAUGAAUCCAACCGCCAACAUCAGAAGGUCCCGGAGGAUCUUCUAGGGGAAGCAAAGGCAGCAGCUAAAGCUGCCCUGGAAGAGAUGGAUGCUGAUUAAGGAAGUUAGAUAUUUUUAGGUGUUCUUACUUGUACUGCAAUUGCUUUAUUUAGUUUCAAGCGUCUGGUUAGAGCACCCUGUAAGAAUUUUCCAAGGAUUCAGGAACAGAUAAACUUAUUGUGAUUUCCAUACUGCUUUAUUGUACUGUUCUUAAUCAAA